AUGACUUCAUUAGCUGUUUUACCACUGUUAAAGAGAACUAUGACUGAUAUGAUGGAUGAAGAGUUGUAUCAAAUACCAUCCUCACCUAUUUUCACUACUACCAACAACAAUAACAACAAUGGUAAGCAAGAGGGUGCUGGUGAUAACUACAACGAUGGUUUCAAUCUUAAUAACACCACCACCACCACCACCACCACCACCAAUUAUAACCACACGUCUAAUCGAAAUUCAGUUAGCUCCUCACCAAACCUACCUUUUGCUCAAUUAAACACCACUAGAGACUCAUUUUAUAACAAUAAUGCAAACCAGAAUAAUUCAAGUAAUAACUUGGGUAAUAUGUUAAAUAUCCCUGACUCAUUUCUUGAACAAAUUACUACAAAGGAGGGUAUUGAUCAGUUUAAGCUCCAACAACAGCAGCAAAACCAACAGACACUAAUACCGGACUCUGAAUAUCCACAAGAUUCACAAUCUACAUAUAUCAACCCAUUUACCAAUUACGCUAAUCCAAAUUCAUUUAUACGGCCAUCACAAGCAUUUUCACAACAAACACCACUAUAUAGAUCACAGAGUCCAGGUUUAGACAACGGCUUGUUCCCUCAACCUCCUCCUUUACCUCAAGCAUUUCCUCAAAGAAGAAGAAAGAGAAUUACAACUAUUGAUGAUUUGGAACCAACAGAUAAUAAAAAGAAGACCAUAGAUGAAGAUUAUUUGUUGUAUAAUCCUGAUAUUUCACCAGGUCAAGUUAUUCAUGCAUCUGAAUUGGAUGAAUCAUUUUAUGUUCCACCAAGUAAUAACAAUGAUAUCAUUAAUGCUAACUCAAUAGAAGAAUUUCAAAAUGACAUUAUUCCAGGGUAUGAAAACGAUUAUUUGUAUUUGGAUGAUGAACAUGAAGAAAUUGAAGAAGAUUUAUCUGAUGAUGAAGGAGAUGAAGAUAAUUAUUUCCAUGUUGAUGAAGAAUUUGAUGAUUAUAUUAUGAGCAAUUCUGGUUAUAACAUUAUCAAUAACCAUUCUAAUGAAUAUUCCACAUUUGAUGCUUUCAAAAAUAUAUCAUUAGAAGACCAUCAUCAUCAUCAUCAACAACAACAACAACCACAAGAACAGGAACAAGAACAUGAACACCUUCAGGAACAAAAUGACGAAGAUCAUCAUGAUUUGGGCAAUCCUGCUUUACAAGAAUUGCACGAUGAGGCAGUUAUCAAAGUUGAAGAGGAUUCGGUUUGCCAACCUGUUGUUACCGAAGUUUCACCUUUAUCAAUUGUAUCAUCAGCAUCUUCUCCUGAAACGGAGCCUGCUACAACUAGUGUAGAUACAAUACAUAUAAAACAGGAGCCAGAAGAGGAAAGCUUUCACACUUCAAUUGAUGAUGAUGAUGACGAGGAUGCAAUGAUGAUUGACAACUCUGAUGAUGAAAAUAUGGACAGGGAAGGUUCUGAAAGUACAUCUACCAGAGUCAAUAAGGAGACUAUAGACAUUGAACAUCCAUAUAAAUUGGGUGCUGAAAUAUCUGCCACUAAUCCUGAUCAUCGUUGUGAAUUGGUGAAUCCAAAUACGGGUAAAGUUUGCAAUAAGCAAUUUUCUCGUCCAUAUGAUUUAAUCAGACAUCAAAAUACCAUACAUGCAUCAAUGAAGAAGAUUUAUCGAUGUGUCAUUUGUGAAGGAAGAUAUAAAGGAGGUUUGGGUAACGGCAAACAAAAGACAUUUUCAAGAAAUGAUGCGUUAUCAAGACAUAUCAAGAUUAAACAUGGAAUUGUUGGUGAUGAAGCAUUGGAAUUGAUUAAUGAGGCAAAGGAAAAUGUUGAAUAUCAUCCAGUUACAAUUGCAGCGGCUGCUUGA